AUGAGUGCGUUAUCUAAUUUUAAACGGGUGCAACAGUGGGAAACGUUUACACCCCGCUGGCUCUUUUACGACACACGAUGGCAGAACCCAUUCCAGUCUGCCAAGAUGAUCUCCGAUGUGUUGCAGGGUGAACACAAGCUGAUAUGUUCUCCCACAAGCGACUGCAGGGACCACGUUGUGGUGAUGAACUGCAGCGAAAUCGCCAUGUCUUGGUACGAGUGGAAGUACCGCAUGUAUUUCCACGACACACGGAUUGCUGGCGGGCGCUCCUGGACACCAGCAUGGCAAGUGCAGGACAAGGACGCGACAAAGGUUCUUUGGAAGGCUGUGUACAGGGCACUGCCAGGCGACCUGAACAGGCAAAUCCGGAUAGCCAGGUUGCACCUGUUCCCAGACGACAAGGUGCCUCGCGAAAUUAUGGACAACAUCUCGGGUCAACUGAGGCAGCUCCGGCGUGCACCUGUGUGGGUCAAUUGAAGGGACGGUCGCUUUCGCAGUGUCAGCAGCGAUAGAUAAGGCCAUGCCGAUGAUUAUGGAACGG